AUGGUCUUCGCAGAUGUUAAGGAUCUAGAGAUGAGAUCAUCCAGAUUUAAGAGUAAACUUCACAAGGCCCCUCCUUACCCCAAAGCCCCAGUCUCCAGAAAGGUCUCGGCAGCGGCCAAGCCGACCAAUAGAAACCAACGGUGCUUUUACAGGUCGAGGAGCAGGUGCAGAAACAGCUUUAAAAAUUACCUACGCCUGGGCUCAGCCUUCUACCGCAACUCCUGGCGCCACGCUUGGUCCCCUCGAACAACAGGAAUACAGAAGAAUGUCGGGGCCCAAUUCCGCUCCCCCCAAAUUCCUGUUCCCCGCGCCCCUCCACCAUCAGGGGCGUCCGGCCUCCGCCCUCGGGAGCUUGCUCGAGGGGCGGUGGCGGACCUUUAUUGUCUGGGGAGCAUCUGCCAGGUGGCGGGCCGAUCCCCUGAUGUGCGCGCGGUGCCCAGCUUCACAAAGCGCGCGGCGGGCAACACCACUCUCGUCCGGGAACAUCACCGGGGAGGAAAGGUGGAGAGAUGUAUGGGCUCUGGGGUCGUGAGCGCGGGGCGAGGGCCGACGUGCCCAACCACUCCCCGCGGGCUCAGUACCCCGGGAUCAGCACCUCGCAGGAACAGGGGUCAGACGCCGCCGCCAGGGAGCGAGACCCAGGCCGGAGGGAGGGAGGGAGGGGAGGCGAGGAGGGGCGCGCAGAAGGGGCGUGGCCGUCGCGCAGGGGGAGGGCGCUGGGAGGAGGGGCCGCGGCUCGGCGCUCGCGGCUCUGGGGGCUCGGCUUUGCCGCGCUCGCGGCACUCGGGCGAGAGCCGGAACGUAGAACAGAGCUCCGGUCCCAGCGCAGCCACCGCGAUGAGAGGCGCUCGCGGCGCCUGGGAUUUCCUCUUCGUUCUGCUGCUCCUGCUCCGCGUCCAGACAGGCUCUUCUCAACCAUCUGUGAGUCCAGGGGAACUGUCUCUACCAUCUAUCCAUCCAGCAAAAUCAGAGUUAAUUGUCAGUGUUGGCGACGAGAUUAGGCUGUUAUGCACUGAUCCAGGAUUUGUCAAGUGGACUUUUGAGAUCCUGGGUCAACUGAGCGAGAAAACAAACCCGGAAUGGAUCACCGAGAAAGCAGAAGCCACGAAUACAGGCAAUUACACAUGCACCAAUAAAGGCGGCUUGAGCAGCUCCAUUUAUGUGUUUGUUAGAGACCCUGAGAAGCUUUUCCUGAUUGACCUUCCCUUGUACGGGAAAGAAGAAAACGACACGCUGGUCCGCUGUCCCCUGACAGACCCCGAGGUGACCAAUUACUCCCUCACGGGGUGUGAGGGGAAACCGCUCCCCAAGGAUUUGACGUUUGUGGCUGACCCCAAGGCAGGCAUCACAAUCAGAAAUGUGAAGCGUGAGUACCAUCGGCUCUGUCUGCACUGCUCAGCGAAACAGAGGGGCAAGUCCAUGCUGUCCAAGAAAUUCACCCUGAAAGUGCGGGCAGCCAUCAAAGCUGUGCCACUUGUGUCUGUGUCCAAACCCAGCUAUCUUCUCAGGGAAGGAGAGGAGUUUGCAGUGACAUGCUUGAUAAAAGACGUGUCUAGCUCCGUGGACUCUAUGUGGAUAAAGGAAAACAGCCAGACUAAAGCACAGACGAAGAAGAAUAGCUGGCAUCAGGGUGACUUCAGUUAUCUCCGGCAGGAAAGGUUGACUAUCAGCUCAGCAAGAGUUAAUGAUUCUGGUAUCUUCAUGUGUUACGCCAAUAAUACUUUUGGAUCAGCAAAUGUCACAACAACCUUAGAAGUAGUAGAUAAAGGAUUCAUUAAUAUCUUCCCUAUGAUGAACACAACAGUAUUUGUAAACGAUGGAGAGAACGUGGAUCUGGUUGUUGAGUAUGAGGCAUAUCCCAAACCUGAACACCGACAGUGGAUAUAUAUGAACAGAACCUCCACUGAUAAAUGGGACGAUUAUCCCAAGUCUGAGAAUGAAAGUAACAUCAGAUACGUAAGUGAGCUUCAUCUAACCAGAUUAAAAGGGACUGAAGGAGGCACUUACACAUUUCAUGUGUCCAAUUCUGAUGUCAAUUCUUCCGUGACAUUUAAUGUUUACGUGAACACAAAACCAGAAAUCCUGACACAUGAGAGGCUGGUGAACGGCAUGCUGCAGUGCGUGGCCACAGGAUUCCCAGAGCCAACCAUCGAUUGGUACUUUUGUCCAGGAACAGAGCAGAGGUGUUCUGUUCCCAUUGGGCCAGUGGAUGUACAGAUCCAAAAUUCAUCUGUCUUACCAUUUGGAAAACUAGUGGUUCAUAGCACCAUUGAUGACAGCACAUUCAAACACAAUGGGACGGUGGAAUGCAGGGCUUACAACGAUGUGGGCAAGAGUUCUGCCUAUUUUAACUUUGCAUUUAAAGAACAAAUCCAUGCCCACACCCUGUUCACGCCGUUGCUGAUUGGUUUUGUGAUCGCAGCUGGUUUAAUGUGUAUCUUCGUGAUGAUCCUUACAUACAAAUAUUUGCAGAAACCCAUGUAUGAAGUACAGUGGAAGGUUGUUGAAGAGAUAAAUGGAAACAAUUAUGUUUACAUAGACCCAACACAACUUCCUUAUGAUCACAAAUGGGAAUUUCCCAGGAACAGGCUGAGUUUUGGGAAAACCUUGGGUGCUGGCGCCUUUGGGAAGGUCGUUGAGGCCACUGCUUAUGGCUUAAUUAAAUCGGAUGCAGCCAUGACUGUUGCUGUCAAGAUGCUCAAACCAAGCGCCCAUUUAACAGAACGAGAAGCCCUAAUGUCUGAACUCAAAGUCUUGAGUUACCUCGGUAAUCAUAUGAAUAUUGUGAAUCUUCUGGGAGCGUGCACCAUUGGAGGGCCCACCCUGGUCAUUACGGAAUAUUGUUGCUAUGGUGAUCUUCUGAAUUUUUUGAGAAGAAAGCGUGAUUCAUUUAUUUGCUCAAAGCAGGAAGAUCACACCGAAGUGGCGCUUUAUAAGAACCUUCUUCAUUCAAAGGAGUCUUCCUGCAGUGAUAGUACUAAUGAGUACAUGGACAUGAAACCUGGAGUUUCUUAUGUUGUACCAACCAAGGCAGACAAGAGGAGAUCUGCAAGAAUAGGCUCAUACAUAGAAAGAGACGUGACUCCCGCUAUCAUGGAAGAUGACGAGCUGGCCCUGGACUUGGAGGACUUGCUGAGCUUUUCUUACCAGGUGGCAAAGGGCAUGGCGUUCCUUGCCUCAAAGAAUUGUAUUCAUAGAGACUUGGCAGCCAGAAAUAUCCUCCUUACUCAUGGUCGAAUCACAAAGAUUUGUGAUUUUGGUCUAGCCAGAGACAUCAAGAAUGAUUCUAAUUAUGUGGUCAAAGGAAACGCUCGACUCCCUGUGAAGUGGAUGGCACCGGAGAGUAUUUUCAACUGUGUGUACACAUUUGAAAGUGAUGUCUGGUCCUAUGGGAUUUUUCUGUGGGAGCUGUUCUCUUUAGGAAGCAGCCCCUACCCUGGAAUGCCAGUCGAUUCUAAGUUCUACAAGAUGAUCAAGGAAGGGUUCCGAAUGCUCAGCCCCGAGCAUGCACCUGCGGAAAUGUAUGACAUCAUGAAGACGUGCUGGGAUGCUGAUCCCUUGAAGAGGCCAACAUUUAAGCAGAUUGUGCAGCUGAUUGAGAAGCAGAUUUCAGAGAGCACCAAUCAUAUUUAUUCCAACUUAGCAAACUGCAGCCCCCACCGGGAGAACCCCGCGGUGGACCAUUCUGUGCGCAUCAACUCCGUGGGUAGCAGCGCCUCCUCCACGCAGCCUCUGCUUGUCCACGAAGAUGUCUGA